GUAUGUAUUUCCUGUCAGAUGAUUUUGGGAGUGUUGGUUUGUGAUCUACAGCGUGUCUGAUUACCUCGUGGAAAGCUUUAGGAACCUUAAAGUAAUAUAGUUCACUUUUGCCUUCAGACAUAGAAAAUGGAUGUGAUUUGUGGAGGACCUAGUGCGGUGAAGGCUGCCAAUGAGGAGGUGCAGAAGAUCUGUGAUGAGGUGAAGCCCCGUGUGGAGGAAAAAGCAGGAAGAACAUUUAAUGUCUUCACUGCUAAAUCCUACACAAAACAGGUGGUAGCUGGGACGAACUACUUCAUCAAAGUCCAGGUGAGUGAUGUGGAAUGUGUUCACCUGCGUGUCUAUAAGAUGUUACCUCCCGCUGGAGAAAAACUGGAACUUACUGGAAUACAGACACAGAAAUCCCAUCAGGAUGCCAUCGGAUACUUCUGAACAGACGCCC